AGGAGUUCUAGCACACAUUAAUGCCUGAGUAAAGCAGGGACGUUAAUGUUUUCGUUCGCUGGUUUCCUGACAGACUAACUAGACUAAUGUCUCAUUGCGAACCAGUGUUGUGUUGCCGGUGUUCAAAAGUAGUUAAUCGGUCUAUCUGUUGCUGUUUAGGCGUCGAUCUUGUGCUAAACUUGAGUUAGCUUCUCGGGUGAUGUCGCGCCUCGUGAAGAAAUGUCCAUCUGUUUGUACGGAUUUGCCUCUGAGCAACGCAGAUGUUUGUGGAAAGCUCCGUUUAAUGAUGGAGCUUCUGAGAUCGUGUUACGGUCCGACAGCUAGGCUUAAACAAGUUCAUAAUAACAUUGGAGGAUUGGUGGUAACGACUUCGACGUCUUCUGUUCUGCUUCCAGCUAUCACAUCCUCCCAUCCUCUUAUUAACGUGAUGAAAUCCUCCCUUCUUAGUCACGUCCACCGCUUCAGUGACUGUGGCUUGUUUGCUGCUAUUCUCUGUUUGUCUCUUGUGGAACAAGCAAAGCUGUCUGGUGUCAGAGAGCAUGCUGUGAUCAGAGUAAAUAAUCACCUGCUGGCUAUGUGCAUUAGUUACCUACAACAAGAUGGCUGCAGCUGCAAAGUCAGUCUUGACUUCUGCAGGAGUCAGAACCUGAUCGCUUUAGCUCGUAGUGUCAUCUCCAGCAAGCCAGCGUGUGUUCUGACUGAGCUGGAAUCACUCCACAUCAGCAGGUUGGCAGUGCAUGCCUUCUUACUCACUGUUCCCUGCAGCAUCCCAGGUACAGUCAGUCUUGGUAAAAUAGUGACUGUUACCAUUAAGGGACAUUCUGUCCUGGAAUCUGCCGUGUUCACAGGCUUACUGGUAGACGUGCCUGAGGACAAUUUCUUUGACACGAAAGACAGCUUUUCUGCCCCGCUGCUUAUGGUUUUGUUCAGUGCAUCUUUGGCUGGAGACCUCUGUGAAGUAGGUGAAGGUGUGAUCCAGGCUCACCCACAUCUGGACACUGCCUCACAGAUCCUGGAUCAGCUUCUAGAGCUUGGAAAGCAGGUGGUUAAAGAUGAGGUGAGGGUGUUUGUCUGCCAGAAGGUCAUCCACCCAGUUUUACAGCGCUUCUUGAGAUGUCACGGUGUAUUUGUCAUUGAGAGACUUGGAGUUGCUCUGAUGGAGCCACUUACUCAGAUGACAGGUGCUCAACCCGUGGCCACAUUACACAGCACCCCCCCAGCCGUGGCCUAUGGGAAGAUAAGGCAUCUCAGUGUCAAGCAGUUUGGUCCCAAGAAGUUGCUCCAUUUACAGCCUUUCGAGGAAUCAACAGUCUGCACCAUGGUUCUGUGUCACAGGAACGAGACUAUGCUGAAUGAGCUGAAGGUGGUGUCCCAGAAGACCGAGCAUGUAUUGAGACUCACCCUCAGGGAACCAUCUGCCUUACUGGGAGGCGGCUGUACUGAGACCCACUUAGCUGCUUACAUCAGACACAAAUGCAAGAAUGAAGUAUCAGAGACAGCAACAGGAUUGGGCUGCUCGCAGACGGAGUAUCUUCUUGCCGUUGAGGGAUUCUGCCACUCUCUGGAGUUUGUUGCCAGCUCUCUGGAGCACGAUGGUGGGACUUCUGUCAGCGAUCUGACCCAUGCUCACAACUGGACUUUCCCUCCAGACAUCCUGGAAGAACAAAUGGAUGGGAGUGUGGGAUUCUGUGGCUGUGGUGUGGUGGGAAGCUCUUCGAGUACAAAGUGGACUUUUCUGAAAACAGAACAUCCAGGUUUCUCUCCUGUUCCUGUUGUUAGAGACACUCCUGUGCAGCCAAGUGUGCUGGACUCCUUCGCAGCUAAACUCAGCGCAUUCCAGGUUGCCGUGGAAACGGCUAACCUUGCACUGGAUGUGAGAUAUGUUAUUCAAGAUGUGAACUGAUUAAACUUUCAUCCUCUGAUGAUAAAACUAGAACAGAUGCUGCA